UCAGUUCCACUCCAACUCUGAGCAGCUCCCAGUACCAUACAGGCAGAAAGCACUCUAGCUAUUUCAGACACAUUUAAAGGAUCACAGUCAAGAUCUCAGCUCACUGAAGAAGGUGUCUCUUUCAGCAUCGAAAAGAAGUGUAUAUACUCACUUGACGGUUUGGAACUUUUAUUAUAUAAAUAAAUAAGGAUAAGGCACUCUCCUGAGAAUGUCAAAACAGCCAGUUUCAAAUGUCAGAUCCAUUCAGGCUAAUAUCAACAUCCCAAUGGGCGCAUUUCGACCUGGAGCAGGGCAUCCUCCCAAAGGAAAAGAAUUUACACCUGAAGUGGAAGAGAGUGUUUCUGCUUCUACGGAGGAAGAGAAGGAAAAGAAGCAGCUCCCAGGAGCCAAGAAACUUCCAGGCCCUGCUGUAAACUUAUCAGAGAUCCAGAAUAUAAAGAGUGAGCUAAAAUUUGUCCGCAGAGCUGACCAGUAGGAGGACAGAAUAGGUCUGAAAAGACAAAGAGAAUGAACUACGGGUUGAGAGUAUUGAAAUAUUUUAUAUAUUUGUAUGAAGAUUAUGAACUUGCUAAAUAUAAGAUACUUCAUAAGAAAUGUCCUCUUUGUACGUUUAUAUCCCUUUCUUGUUGCCUAUUUUGCAUAUUAUAAAAAGUACUGGUGGCAUAACCCAGUACAAAGCAAGAAGUGGUGAACCUGUACAUAUUCAGGAAUAAGUUUGAUCUUAAGAGGAGAGAAUUAUGUAACUCAUGGUUUGAGUAAAUAAAUAAAUAAACCAACCAUUUUUCCAGGGGGGGAAA